CUCCUCCGCCGUCGGGCGCGGAGCCGGGCGCGGAGCCGGGCCGGCCGGAGCCGCGGGGCGGUAUUUAAGCGGGAGGGCGCGGAGCUGCGCGCCGCCGCCGGGGCCGGAGCCGGAGCAUGCACGCCUUCGGGCCGCCCGCACCGCCGCCCCCGCACGCCCAGGAGCUGCUGGACGCGGCCGUGUGUCCCGGCAUCUACCCGCCGAGCCGGCCCCUGCCCCAGCCCCAGCCUCCCCCCGCCGCCGCCAACCCCUACCUGUGGCUCGGCGGCCCCGCCGCGCCCUACCUGCCCGCCGCCCCCUUCCUGCCGCCGGGCUGCGCCCCCGCGCAGCGGCCGCCCGCGGGCGCGGAGCGGGGCUGGCCGCCCCCGCCGCCUCAGGAGGGCCCGCGCCCGGCGCGGCCUCCCUACUCCUACUCGGCGCUGAUCGCCAUGGCCAUCCACAGCGCGCCGGGCCGCCGCCGCACCCUCAGCCAGAUCUACCAGUACGUGGCCGAAAACUUCCCUUUUUACAAGAAAAGCAAAGCGGGCUGGCAGAACUCCAUCCGCCACAACCUCUCCCUCAACGACUGCUUCAAGAAGGUCCCGCGGGACGAGGACGACCCGGGCAAAGGCAACUACUGGACCCUCGACCCCAACUGCGAGAAAAUGUUCGAUAACGGCAAUUUUAGGAGGAGGAGGAAGAGACGGGCGGAGGCCGGCGCGCCCGAGGGGGCCGGGGGGAGCGGCGGGGGUCCCGGCGCCGCUGCAGCUCCCCGGGGGCACCGAGAUGCGCUAACGCACGAGAGAGGGAUCUUUUUGUAACGCCUAAAUAUCAUCUUUGUGCCAGCCCGCGGAGCUGACGAUAAUUUGUACGAAGAAUUUCAGAUUUAAUCGAGCGUCCAAAAUUAAGCCGGAUCCCUGCUGAGGAGCUCUUUUAAUUGCUGGUUCUCCACUAACCACCUUGACGGUCGCUUGUGGGGAGCUGGUGGCCCGCAGUGCGGGUGUCCCGAUGCAGCCCAGGCUCUGCCCCACAGUGCAGCAGCCCCCAGGUACCUGCUGGCUUCCCAGGGCACCUACUGCUGGAGGCUACCUUGGUAAAAACACUGCCGAUUUACCCACGGCAUCCACAUGUACACACGGUUUCUGCAUUUUUAUUUUUUUUAAUGAACCUUUGGGAAAACACUGCGUGGCACCGGUGGACUGCAGCCACAGCGGUUAUGUUUCGGCAUUUUAUUAAAUACUUAAGGGGGUUUUGGCCGCCCCAACUUGCUUAUUAAUACCUGGUGCCUGUUCCCUGCUUUUGCUUUCCAGUCACUUUUUGAAGGUCCUUGGGUUUGAAGAAAAGAAAUUUUGAGCUAUACGAUUUGUUGCCUUGCCUUUCUGGCUCUCUGUCUCCUCCAGCCCACUCUUCCUCGCUUACAACAAAAGUACAGCUUUCUUAAAUAAAAGCUAAAAAUAUUAUUGUUGUUAUUACAAGAAAACAACUCCGAACAGAAGCCUGUGUAGUGCAAACUUUUUGUGCAUUAUAAUGGAGCCAUAAAGCAAGUUUGACAAAAAAAGGCUAAAUAAAACAAACUGGCUGAGAACCUAAAAUGUGUUGGAGAUGCGGGUCCCUGAUGGAGGGGAAGAGUGCGCUGGACAAGUGGGUUUCCUGGCCCAAAAUGUAAUAAAUAGUAUGACAAAGUAUCUGGUUUACAAAUAUCCAACUCUAGUAGACCUGGAGUGAAGGAAAGAGAAAACUAAACUUGUCAGCCAAUAACCUGUGUCAGUUUAUGUAGUCAAAUUUCCUUUCCUAUUAAUUUCCUAUUUGAAAAAAGCUUCAUACAAGAAAAAUUGCUAUUCUGAAAUGGCUUUUAAAAUAUUUCAGACAUAAUCUUUUCGCUCAUGUUAUUAUUUUCCAAGGCUAUCCAGUAAAAAGGCAUUUAAAUUUUAACUCCUGCUUCCUUUUUAAAGUGAGAAGAAUCCUGUUCAAGGUUUCAAGCUCUUGUUUCAGCAGAGUGACCUUUAGCUACCACAUUAAAGGGUGCAGGGAAAGUUAGUUUUGCAAUGAGUUGCAUUUUAAGCCCUGUUUUUUCCCAAGUGGCUGAGAGUUGUGGUGAGCGGGUCACGUAGAAAGUGAAGAGUGGAGGCGGCCUCUCUUACCAAAGAAAGAAAAAAGGGCUUGUUGAUUCAUUUCUUGGUGAGAAUAGUUACGUGCUUCAUUUGGUGCUCAAAUUUUAAAAAGCUGCCUUUGGACUGUGAAAUUCAUUCGCCAAGGAGUGGGCGCACGCUUUCAGAUAGGAAGGAUGGAGAAACCCUUGCCUUGGCAGAGCUGGAGGACCCUUACUGAGACACAGUGAAGACACUGACCCCAGAGCUGGGAAAGAAAUAAUUUCACUCAACCCACAUUUUCUUCUGCUUCAGGAUACAAAGUUCUGGAUCCAACCGUAGGGACUGAGCUCCGUAUUUUCACCUCGGGACUGUUUGCCCUGGGACAGUGUGCCAUUGCAGGACCCUGAAAAGGCAGCAAAACACAAAGAGGAGAACCCCGGGUGCUUCAGGCUGUCCCAGCGUGGUCUUCGUUAGCAGCUCGGCUGGGUCCUGUGCUGUGGAAGUCCACGGAGAGCUCGGCGAAAGGACCACGCCGCAUUGCCAGAGCUUUUCUUCAGGGACUAUUUAAGGUGAUGAUUCAAUGUGUACAGGGAGGCCAUCAUUUGUAUUUCACUGUGCUUCUGUUGUACUCUAAUUCUAUUUUUGUGUAUUGGAAAGCAGAGGAGAAUUUUUUUAAAUAAAUCAAUCGAAUUGGAGCA